GAACGAUCGAAAUGGCCAGCGAGGAGACAGAAACCUCAGAGUUCCUAAAAGACAGAAGGGGGCCUGAGAAGCAGGAAGAAAACUCGGAUACUACGUGUGGUUUCUGGAGGUUCAAAGGUCCCACCCUGCAAAGAUUUGCUAGUGAGAAUCUAUAUAUGGUUAUCUAUGGGAUUGCUGGCUGCUUUCUAGCAAUAGCCUUCUCGUACUUUAAUGGAACACUCACCACUCUGGAAAAGCGUUACAAAAUACCCACUAAGAUAACCGGUAUCAUUUCGGUGGGAAAUGAUAUAAGCACAGUUUUUUGCUCGGCCUUCCUGGCCUACUACGCCGGCCGAGGACAUCGACCGCGUUGGAUUGGUUUUGGUCUCAUUAUUUUGGCGAUUUUCUGUCUUCUCAUGCUCUCCCCGCAGCUUAUCUAUGGACCAGGCGAGGAUGCCCUGAAGCUGACACGAGAAUAUGGUGAAUCCAUCGAUCAUACUCUUAAUGGCACUAAGCGAGAUGAAGCCCUUUGCCAGAAGGAGAAGCCCAGUUGUGAGGAGGACCAGGAACCCAGCGACUUCAUGCCUAUUAUGCUGUUCUUUUUGGCGCAGUUUGUCUGUGGCAUUGGAUGCACCUUGUUCUAUACUUUGGGCCUGUCCUACAUGGAUGACAACUCUAAGAAGUCGAAGACCCCAGCCAUGAUAAGUUGGUCGGCUUUCCUGCGAAUGCUAGGACCGGCCAUCGGAUACUCUUUAGCCUCGGUGUGUCUUCGCCUAUACAUUGAUCCUUUCAAGGAGCCGCUGAUUACCAAUAAGGAUCCUCGCUGGCUAGGGGCAUGGUGGUUGGGAUGGAUUCUACUGACCGUAAUCCUCUUGAUCUCAGCGUUCUUUGUCGGCAUGUUUCCCAAGGAGAUGCCCAGUGCCAGAGCCAGGCGUAUAAAGGCCGGCACCGGGGUGGAAUCUCAACUGGGAGAGCGGUCUUUUAAAGACAUGGUCCAAACGUUAAAACGACUGGCGGUCAACAAGGUGUACAUCUACAAAACAAUCGGCUCAAACCUGUACUUUUUCGGGUACAUGCCCUACUGGAUAUUCACCCCCAAGUACAUCGAGAUCCAGUUCAGACAGAGCGCUGCCAUGGCCAACAUGGCCACCGGAACCGUUGCAUUAGGCUUCUCAGCUGCAGGCAUCCUCCUCUCGGGCUAUGUGGUGUCAAAGUUUAAGCCCAGUGCCCGGGCCAUGGCCGCCUGGAACUGUGUCGUUGACUAUCUGACGGUGGCCGGUAUCAUCUGCUACAUAGUCAUUGGCUGUGAACCCAGCGAUAGGAUGAACUCCAUGGCCACAUUGUCCGCAGGCGACAGCUGCAGUGCCUCCUGUCACUGUGACUACGUGCACUUCGCUCCCGUCUGCAGUCCAGCAAACGAAACAUAUAUAUCCCCCUGCCACGCAGGAUGCUCGGAGAAGUUGACGGAUGACCUAGGACGAGCCUCGUACUCUGGCUGCAAGUGCAUUCCCUCCUCCUUAGCCCCUAACCAGACCUUCCCUGAUGAGGUGAGGGUUUCUGUCUCAUUUUUGUCGAUAUAUGGGGUAUAUUUCUCUAUAUUCCAGAACCAAUUCGCUUCUGAUGGAGUAUGUCCCGUUGACUGCUACGACCAGUUCCUUAUCUACCUGGCCGUCAUGUGUAUUUUAAAGUUCGUGGGAGCCACUGGACGAUCGACUGAUCUACUGCUGGUCCUGCGCUGUGUUCCAGAAGAGGACAAGACCAUUGCUCUGGGCAUUGGCAGCAUGCUCUUCUCCGUGAUGAGCUUCAUUCCAAGUCCCAUAGUGUUUGGCUGGCUCUUGGACAGCUACUGUCUGGUGUGGGGUAAGACCUGCAGCACAAAGGGAAACUGCUGGCUGUACGAUACCAGUUCUUUGAGGUACACAAUGAAUCUCGUGUCCGCCGUGCUCAUUUUGAUGGGUAGCUUCUGGCACAUUGCCGUUUGGUAUUAUGCCAAAGAUAUCAAAAUUUUCGAUGAAGAGGAGUUAAAAGAUAAUCCACGAAAGGAAGAACUAACUGAGCUGAAAGAAAAACCUAUUAAAAGUGAUACAAAUUAAAUAAAUACAUUAUA